CCACGUGCUAGUCACGUGAGCCCCCAAGAUGGCGGCGCUCCGGCGCGAGGUUGGGGCUGACCCGGGAGAUGAAGGUGUGGUGCCAGUGGGAGCUGGAGAAGCGCCCGAGGACAUCAAGAUGGCAACAUACACACAUGGUCAGCACAGUCUUUCUCUAGGACAUGCAAACCUCAGAAGAUCAAUGGUCAUAGAAAUCAUAGAAAAAAAAAUUGAGUAUCUCAGAAAAGAAAAAACUUUAAAUAUAUACGGAACAAUGAUGAUUGGAACAACAGCUAGUUUCUCUGGAUUGCUGGCAAACUUCAUUUUCAGACACUGCUUCAGGGUUAACCAUGAUGCUUUGAAGACAUAUGUAUCAUUGAGUACACUUCCUUUUUUGUCUACUGUAGUUGCUUAUAAGUUCCUUGUCACGGAUGCUUUGUAUUCAGGUAAUAUAAGUCAGGAAAACUGUGCUCUGAGAAGUUCACUGGUUAGCAUAGCAUGUGGUGUUUUAUAUCCCACUGCUUUGGCUUUUUCUAAAAAUGGACGUCUGGCAGUAAAGUAUCAUACUGUUCCACUGCCACCAAAAGGAAGAGUUUUACUUUAUUGGGUGAUGCUUUGUCAAAAAGAGGUAAAAGGAAUGCUAAUUCCUCUAGCCUUUCAGGCGGCCUUGGGAAUAUAUAAUGGUAUACAACAUUAUGCAAUAUUUGAAAGUACGUUAGAGAAAACUGUACAUGAAGAUUGACCAAAGAAUAAAUGGAUUUUUAUGGUGAGGACUCAGGUAUUGCUGAAAGAGUUCGAAGUAACUCUGGACAAUUUGUUUCUGUUCUUUUUGCCUAGUAUAUACAGGUUCUCAGUAAAUAUUCAGUAGUUCAAUAAA